GUCGUGUGCUCUCAAUUUUACUCAUCUCUUUUCUACACGCGCAUGCGCGGAGUCGGCAGAGAGCAGAGAGAGGAGAUGGGUUACGUUCUGAAAGUGAGGUUAGCUUCCUUCUUCGCAGGUGCUGCGACCGCGUCGUUUUUGGGUCUUUACCUCCUUCACAAUGAUUACAAGGUCGCUCACGAAUCCAUUUCUCAAAAGAUGAAAAGCUUUCAUGAUUCUUUGGAUGGUCGAAUCUCUUCUCUGGAAAAAUUGAAAGAAAUUGAAGCUGCACAACAUGUUGAAGCAACAGAUUAGGUGCCUUUAGGCAUGCUACUGAAGUUAUGAUCCUGUGGCUAUUCACAUUUUUUGCUCUAGUCAUGUCAAGAGGGUCUUUUUUCUCCCCUUUAUGUUGUUUAGAAAAACAUCACAGAUAAAUGCUUUGAAUCAGAUAUGUGGCUGUUGCAAUCUACAUUAACUGCUUUGUAUUGGAUGCAGAGUUGUUUCAAUUUGCAUAAGAUUGUAUUUUCUGUACUUUUUCCCCUGAUGAGGAGAAAUUAUGACUUACGUGGUUGUUCUUACA